GGAUUUAGACCGUAAAUAGGAGAAAUGUGAAAUGCAGGUAGACAGAGUUUUUCAACCUUAAUGCAUUCUCUUGGGUAGGUAGGUUAAGUAUGAUUGAAGCCUGAGCUGGGGUCACCUGAUGGGAGGAGACAGAAACGUGUCAACACAGAGGAUGAUACCUCUGGAGAAUGUGGGUAAAAGGUUACCUAGGUCAGAGUUCAAACAUAUCUUCAGAAAAUAUGUGUGUUCUGUCGUCCUCUGAAUUAACUCCAUACAUAAUAUUUUGUACAUUAAAUUUCAUAGAGUUAAGUUUGAUAAGAGCUGUGAUUUUACAGUAUAUCUUUGUUUUAUAAGGAUACUAGAGUUGCUCAUAUGUGUUUCAUACAGGCACAUAAUGUAAUGACUUUCCCAUUUGAACCUUGGCAUAGACAGCAGAGUCGUAAAAAAAAGGUACCUGAGCGUUACAUUGAACACGCCUUUGCACACCUCUGUCUUAAUAGGUGAAAGGUCAUUGACAUCCACUGGUACAGAGUACAGACUUUUGGGGCAUAGAACUCAAGUACACACGUGACUUGACCUGACCAUUCUUUCCAUGUUAAUCAUUAAAUCAAGAGACAUACUAAGGGAAGUUUUAUAGUUGGACUGUAAAUAUGUCUAGUAAUCUAUUCCUCUCCACCCUGGCAUAAUGGAUCGGUUGCAUCUGCUGCUACUGGUGUGCUUACAUUCAGUCUGGCCUCACUGCCAACCACUGGAUCAAGCAUCGCUGCGGUUUGUUGGGCUGGGGGACUGGGGAGGCCUCCCACUCUUCCCCUACUACACCCCUCAUGAGCAGGCCAUCGCUGAGGAGAUGUCCUGGGCGGCCCAGACUCUGGGACUGGACUUUGUCCUCAGUCUGGGAGACCACUUCUACAACAGUGGAGUGAAGGACGUGGAUGACCCACGCUUCAAGCACACCUUUGAGCGUGUCUUUUCUCAACCAUCACUGGUUGACAUCCCAUGGUACCUGGUGGCGGGAAACCACGACCAUCUAAAAAAUGUAUCUGCUCAGAUUGCUUACUCCAACAGAUCGGAGAGAUGGAGGUUCCCUGAGUUGUACUAUGAGCUCCAGUUCAAGGUUCCCCAGAGUAACGUGUCGGUGACCGUCCUGAUGGUUGACACCGUGGUGCUAUGUGGGAACACCUAUGAGGGCACCCAGCCCAAAGGAGAGGAGGACCCGGAGGCUGCUGCCAAGCAGUUAGACUGGAUCAACUCCAGACUGGCAAACAGCAAGUCAGAGUUCAUUGUGGUGGCUGGUCACUAUCCUGUGUGGUCCAUUGGUGAUCACGGCCCCACUAAGUGUCUUGUGGAUAGACUACGGCCACUGCUAAAGAAGUAUGAUGUCACAGUCUACCUGAGUGGUCAUGACCACAGUAUACAGUUUAUCAGAGAGGAUGAUGGGAGUUCCUAUGUGGUCAGCGGGAGUGGGGCCUUUACAGAAAUUUCCACUAAUAACAUCAACAGAUUCCCGUCUUCAUGGCAACGGUUCUCCAACGCUGUCAACCAUACAUCCGGGGGGUUCGCUUACUUUGAAGUCACAGAGAACAAUAUGACUGUCAGCUACAUCCAGACUGAUGGGAAAUGUGUUUACCAAACAGGACUGGCAAAACGCAAAGUCUGACACAGACAGAGGCAUCGUGAAAUAGUCAACAAUGAACUACAAUAGGCCUAAUAUGCUGACUGUAACUAAGAGUAUACUGUAUCUUUAAGCCAUUUACAAAACUGAAAACAUCUCCUCAUUCCAUUUCAAUUAAUCUUUUAAUCAAUUAAUUUUUUUUUUUUUUGCUUUGGAAUGUAAAAAAAAAUGUGUGCAUAAGAAUUCCACAGAAUUGUAAUUGUAAUGUAAGUUUUUCAAAAAAAUUACCAAAAAAAGAAAUUGUUUAACACUUUACGUUUUCUUGGACUGUAGAAAAAAAAUUUCAGAUGAUUUUCACAGAAUUGUAAUUCUAAUGUAAUUUUAAUGUUUUGAAUGUGUUAUAUUUUUCUUGAAAUCAAAAAACAAAACAAAUUGUGAAACUAAUAGUCAGUUGAAUGACCUGCAGAUGGUGCUGGUUAGACGCUUUUUGCAGGAACUACACAAGACUGAUGUCUGCUGUGAUAACGCUCAAGUUGCGUAAUCUUUCUCACCAGACAUAGUGACAUUAACAUAACAUUCCCCCACUACUCAACAAUGUCUCAUUUAAAAGAUAAACACAUUACCACAAAUUAAUGAUAAGACUUUAUUAUGAAAAUGCCAUUAAAAUCAAACAGUACCAUAUUACUACCAGACUCCACAGUUAUAAAAGUGUUUAAUUUUUCUUUGAUUAUUUUCCAUCAUGUUUUGUCAUCUAACUGUUUGGUAUACACUGAGUGUACAAAACAUAAAGAACACCUUCCUAAUA